CAUGAGCUCCAUUUAAUGGCGAAAACAACUGAUGAGCCCCAGUCUUGGUCGCGCAAAUUUUUAGAGUGCAAUUUUCAGGUUGACAUGCUGGUUACACUGAACAUCCUUCUACAUUAGUUCAUGAAAUAAAUCUUAUAUAAAUCGCUGAUCUGGCAGAUUUUGUGAACUUCUUGCAGAUUGAAGCACACCAGAAGUGCCACUUCGCCAAAAUAGGAACCAUCUUGCAGGUGACAAACUUCCUUUCCAUUAGGAGAGAUGAUGGUCACAGUUCCAGAAACUAAAAAGUACAUGCAAGUACCCUGGCUACCAGCUCGAACCAAAACAUCAUUAGGCAGGAAAAUCAUUGGUUCCAUGUUAAUUGUUAUAGCGGAUAGGACCUCUUUUGAAAACGAAUCGUCUGUAAAGGAUGGGACGUACGCUGAAUGCCGUAUUCUUUAUCUGCUGGAUUGUCGUUGGGAACUGCGAGGAUGUCCGUGUUGAGCUGGAGGUGCCAAGGUUCGCGUCUCGCGGCUCCUCCGCGAUACUGCGAUGUCACCACAGCGUGAAGGCGCGAGACCUGUACAAAGUCGACUGGUUGCGGUCCGACUCGGCAUCGACUCCAGCCACUAAGUUCUACCAGUACAUCAAGGGAAGGCAACCUCCUUACCGCAACACCACGGUGCCCGGGGCAGAAAUCGAUUGGUCGAGAUCAAAUGCUCAUCAAGUUGCUUUGAAGAACUUGGACAUCCAGGCGUCUGGUCUCUACUCUUGUGAAGUAUCACUCGAAACUCCCAUCUACACAAAAGCAUCCAGCGACCAUGAACUGACUGUUAUUAUACCGCAGUCGGCCGCUCCGCGAAUCACAUUCGGCGCCCGUGAGUACACAGUGGGCGAAUUGCUGGAAGCCAACUGCACGUCGGUGCCGGCCCACCCGCCUCCGCAUAUCACGUGGCUGAUCAAUGGCAAAAAGGUGGACGAAAAAAUGACCCGGACCUUCCCACAGCCCAUAUCUCUUGGUCACGUCGGAAAGGCGGGAACUCCAUUGCUGCACCACAAUCCGCCGACGUCACCUCCUGCUCCGAUGUACGAUAUUGCUCCACAUUACGCGAAGCAGUUCGGCUAUGGAUAUUACGCUCACAAUGACGCUGAUCCACUAAGAUACCAUGGCGAGAAGGGUGUGUUGUACACCCAUACACAACAUCACAGGCGCCGAUCGCACGAAUCGAUGUCUCACGGUAAACACAAACAGCACCACAGUAUUGAAAAUGCGCAGCCCGUGGUGGCGGCGGUGCGCCACUCCGCGACGGUCUACCGCGGCGUCCCGUCGACCACGCAGCUGACCGUCGCCGUCAGCGAGCUGCACGCCUUGGAGAACGGUCGGCUUGAGCUUACGUGCAUGGCCACCAUACCGGCGUACGUUAAUACUGGGGACUCGUUCGCUGAUGCUAAAUUGCACACCGUUCCAGUAAACAUCGUGAUAACGGAGCCGUCGACUGAAGCAAGUAUCGCAAGCGAUCAGGUGUCAAAUGCAGUCGCGUUAUGUACGAAAACGAUACCAAAUCUAUUUCUUCUUAUAAUCGUUAAAUUGCUGGCAAUUAGUCUGACGUAA